CGAAGAAAAGCAACCCAGUCUCCUGAGCGUUUCAGAAGAAGAAGAAGAAGAAGAAGAGUGUUCAAGGAAGCCUGUUGUGACCAUCCUCUUGCUCCGGGUUUGCUGAUGCUGUCCCAUGUCCGUCGCGUCGUCCAUUCCUCCUCCUCCUCCUCCUUUGCUCCCUCGUCAUCCAGACGUUCAUCUCGUCUCAUGGAAGCUGGUUCCAAUCGGCCGGUCGAGGCCUCCAUUCGCACCAAACUGACUGAGGUUCUUGAACCGGAGCACCUGGAGGUGCUGAACGAGAGCCACAUGCAUGCCGUGCCUCCAGGCUCCGAGUCGCACUUCAGGGUGCUGGUGGUGAGCUCUCGCUUCGAGGGCUUGUCCCUGCUGCAGCGUCACCGCCUGGUCAACGAGACCCUGAGCCACGAGCUGAGGACCAGCGUUCACGCUCUCGCCAUCCAGGCCAAGACGCCCCAGCAGUGGAGCAGCGACCCGAGCCUGGCCAAGAGCCCGCCGUGCCUUGGAGGAUCCAAACACGACAACACGGUGGCCGAGAAGCUCAAAUCGGGACUUGACUGAUCUGAUCCUGAUCGCUUUCCUUCCAGAGAACACUUUGAUUGCAAUUAAUUUAAUUUUAAUAAUAAGUUUUUGAGAGCAGCAGUUAGCUGUUCAGUAGCAUUCAAGUGCUGUGAUUUGCUGCUGUGUGUGUGUGUCUAUGUUUUGUUGGACUUUGAUGUCACACUGAAUAAAAGUGUAUGUCCUUGUGAUUGUGCUUAAAAAUGUAACAGCUGAUUAAAACGUUGGAAACCCCUGCACAAA